CCCUCACGCUCAUUCCACUCUCCCUCUCUCACUUCCUUUUCUCAUGUCUCUGCACAAUAUAUAGCUAUGUACGUUUGCAUAUAAGCCUCUGCUCAUUCACUGCCAUUUCGCCUUCUCUCCUCCCUCUCCCUCUCUGUUCUCCCCGCGCAUUUCUCUCUCCGGGUCACCACCGCCUCCCUUCUCCGAUAGUCUGGCCCCGGCCUCCGAUCAGUGAAAGCUCCACCGCGAUUUCGAGGAGCAGACCAGGGAUAUAUAUAAAUGGAAUGGAAAGCAUGUGAGAAGGACUCGGUGGUGACGCAGAUCAGUAUCGGUGGGUUUGACCACCAUGUGCGAGCUAACGAUCUGCUUGACUUCUUGGAAGAUGAAAUUGGCACGGUUUACAGGUGUCGUCUGAAGACUUCCUGGACGCCUCCAGAAUCUUAUCCUGAUUUUUCCAUCACAAACAUCGGGAAAAUUCAGUUACUAGAUGAGUACAGGAAGGUGGAACCUCAUGCAUUCGUUCAUUUCGCAAUGCCUGAGUCAGCAGCUUCUGCCAUUGCUGAUGCAAAGCGCGGGGUCCUAAAUAUGGGUGGCAAGCCCUUGAAGGUUAGCUUGGGGCCUGAAAGCCCGUUCCAUAUGAAUCAGAGGAGGAGGACUACUACUCCUUUCAAGUUUUCUGAUGUGACUGUUGAAAUCGGAACCUUGAUUAGCCCUGAAGAAUUCUGGGCCGCUUGGAGAGGACCACUUUCUGGGGUCGAAUUCUUCGUGGACCCAUUCGAUGCUACAUGUAAAUUCUGCUUCACGAGAGAUACGGUCUUCUCUUUCAAGGACACAUCCGAUUGUGCAGUCAUAAAGUGCGACCUGAAGAUGGAAUUUUUGGUCAGAGACAUAAAUGAAAUCAGGCAGUAUGCAGACUCUUCCCGUCUUGUGAUUCUACUGCAGCUGGCCUCAUCUCCUCGGCUUUAUUACAGAACUGCUGACGAUGAUAUUGAUGUCACAGUGCCAUUUGAUUUAUUGGAUGAUGAUGAUCCUUGGAUCAGAACAACUGAUUUCACACCAAGUGGUGCCAUCGGUCGGUGCAAUUGUUAUAGGAUCUCGAUUUCACCACGCCAUGGACUGAAAUUGCAGAAAGCCAUGACUUAUCUGAAGGAACGAAGGGUCCAAGAGGUUUGUCUUAGGAGAACCUUGAAUAGCAGUGAUGAGCCGAACUUUGGGGUUCCAUUGGAUGAUGUAUUCUUCUCUGUUGAUCACAAGGAAGGAAUAAGCUUCGAAGUCCUCUACUUGCUGAGUGCUGUUGUUCACAGGAACAUAUUCAACCAGAACCAGCUGUCAGAAUCUCUAUUUGAUUUGCUGAGAGCUCGACCAAAAGAGGUGAAUCUUGCUGCCCUGAGGCACAUCUGCUCUUAUAAAAGGCCUGUUUUUGAUGCAUACAAGAGGCUGAAACUUGUUCAAGAAUGGCUUCUCAAGAACCCAAAGCUUGUAAAAAGUGCUAACCAGUCGGAUGACGUCAUUGCAGUCGGGAGGGUAGUUAUUACCCCUACUAAGGCAUAUUGUCUUCCUCCGGAAGCGGAGCUCUCGAACCGGGUCCUCAGGAAUUACAGGCCCUUUGAGAACCGGUUCUUGAGGGUAACCUUCAUGGAUGAAGGCUUGCAGACAUUGAACGCUAAUGUACUCAACUACUAUCCUGCCCCCAUAUUGGACAGAACUUCGACCUUCUUCAACCAGAAGACGACAGUCUUCAGGAGGUUGAAGAGCAUCAUGACUAAUGGGUUUUAUCUAUGUGGCCGCAAGUACUCAUUCUUAGCGUUCUCGUCCAAUCAGCUGAGGGAUCGAUCAGCCUGGUUCUUUGCUGAGGAUGCGGAUGUUAAUGUGCUUAAGAUAAAAAAAUGGAUGGGCAAAUUCAAUCAUAAUAAUGUUGCUAAAUGUGCUGCAAGAAUGGGUCAGUGCUUCUCAUCGACUUAUGCAACCGUGGAAGUUCCACCAUCACAGGUGAAUCCUGAACUUCCCGAUAUCGAAAGAAAUGGUUAUUGUUUCUCUGAUGGUAUCGGUAUGAUUACCCCUGAUCUUGCAAGAGAAGUGGCUGAGAAACUGAAACUGGAAGUUAGCAGCCCUUCUGCUUAUCAGAUUAGAUACGGGGGCUAUAAAGGUGUGGUUGCUUGUUGGCCAGGCAAAGAUGAUGGCAUUCGACUCUAUCUGCGGAAGAGCAUGAAUAAAUUUAUGUCUGAACACACAACACUGGAAAUAUGUUCCUGGACGAGGUUCCAGCCCGGUUUUCUCAACAGGCAGAUUGUGACUUUGCUUUCGACAUUAAAGGUUCCCGAUGAGAUAUUCUGGAAGAUGCAGCACAGGAUGAUUACUAAGCUGGAUCAGAUGCUCUUGGACGCCGAUGUUGCAUUUGAUGUUCUCAUGUCUUCCUGUGCGGAGCAUGGAAACACAGCUGCCUUAAUGCUGAGUGCGGGCUUUCGGCCCCAGUCCGAGCCUCACCUUCGAGGCAUGCUUACUUGUGUCAGAGCUGCACAACUCUGGGGCCUAAGGGAGAAGGCCCGAAUCUUUGUUCCUGAUGGGAGAUGGCUUAUGGGCUGUUUUGAUGAACUUGGGGUACUCGAGCACGGCCAAUGCUUUAUUCAGGUCUCUAGGCCCGCCCUUGAGAAUUGCUUUGUAAAGCAUGGUUCAAGGUUCUCGGAAACGAAGAACUUGCAAGUGGUUAAAGGGUACGUUGUGGUUGCUAAGAAUCCCUGCCUUCACCCUGGUGAUAUAAGGAUUCUUGAAGCGGUAGAUGCUCCUGCAUUAUCCCAUUUGUAUGAUUGCCUUGUAUUUCCUCAGAAUGGGGAGAGACCUCAUGCAAAUGAGGCAUCCGGCAGUGACCUUGAUGGAGACCUUUAUUUUGUUACAUGGGAUGAGAAUCUCAUUCCACCAAGCAAGAAGAGCUGGACUCCGAUGCAGUAUGAGCCUGCUGAAGCGAAAAAGCUCGCUCGUGGAGUUACUCAUGAGGACAUUAUUAACUUCUUCGUCCAACACAUUCUGAACGAGAACCUUGGCGCGAUCUGCAACGCCCAUGUGGUGCAUGCAGACCGAAGUGAACAGGGCGCCUUGGAUGAGAACUGCCUUCUACUGGCGGAGAAGGCUGCUCUCGCUGUUGACUUCCCAAAGACUGGAAAACUCGUUAGUAUGCCUCCUAGCCUCAAACCUAAGCUGUACCCCGACUUCAUGGGUAAGGAAGAGUUUCAGACUUACAAGUCGAAAAAGAUUCUUGGGAGGCUCUACCGACAGAUAAAGGAUGCAUAUGAUGGAGAUGCCGUCAUGGGUAAUGAAUCAACCUGUGCCCCCGAGGAGAUUCCUUAUGAUUUAAGUCUCGAGGUCCCAGGAUCGGAGUACUUUAUCCCCGAGGCAUGGGAUAAGAAGUGUUCUUAUGAUGGGCAGCUCAGUGGCCUCUUAGGGCAAUACAAGGUGACCCGAGAGGAGGAGAUAGUAACUGGACAUGUCUGGUCCAUGCCGAAGUACAGCAGCCGAAAGCAGGGGGAGCUGAAGGAGCGGCUCAAACAUUCCUAUUCUGCCUUAAGGAAGGAGUUUAGGCAAGUCUUCGAGACUAUGUCCUCAGGCUUUGAGGACUUGAGUGAAGAAGAAAGGAACAAGAUGUUUGAGCAGAAGGCAUCUGCCUGGUACCAGGUCUCUUACCAUCCCAAGUGGGUCAAGAAGUCACUAGAUCUGCAGGAGCCUGAAGCCGAAGGAGGCAGCCCCACCGUGAUGCUGAGUUUCGCUUGGAUCGCAGCAGAUUACCUUGCCCGCAUCAAGAUUCGGGCCCGAGAAAUCCAGAAUGUGGACUUAAAGAAGCCCGUGAACUCUCUGGCAGGCUACCUCGCAGAUCGAGUGUGAGGGUCAAGGUCAAUCCCGUGCGGCUGUCAGGGAAGAAUAACGUUCGGUUGCAAGACCACUCUGCCACACCAUACCCAAAGCAACUUGCUGUAUAUCUGGUAAUUAUGAGUAGCUGCUGUCAUCCUCAAUUUUGGAGGAGUUGGCAGUGUUCCUGAAGAUUUGUGUAUUUUUAUUAUAAGCCUUAUUAUUCCCGGAUUUGCUCCGCCAAUAUAUCAAAGUCUUAUUCAUAAUUGAACUUUAGAGAUUC